CAUAAAAUAAAAUAAUCAAGAAAGAAGAAAGAAGCAAAAUCGUGCAUAUCAUCAUUUUCUUGCUGCGUUGCUAACGUGUUUGCAAGUUGCGAAAGGACUAAACCGUCCAUCUACAACAACUAAUUAAAUUAUCUAUACCACCGUCAGGUCGUUUCGGCUUCGGAUCUUUAAAUCAAACCGCUUUUUUUGUACCGGACGUCGGCGGAGACGGUCGAACCGGGUGCCUUCGGCGACGGAGCUGGUGGUGGCACGAGACGGAGUUGUUUAAUGCUAGUGAUUAGUGAUCGAAUUUCGUAAUGGCUUCUUACCCCUCGCUUCGCCCCGAGAUCGGACCCGACGGUCUCCCUAGAGAAUCUUCCGUCAUCAGCUACACUGAGAGGAUCAUCGAAGAGGAACAACUUCAAUUGCAUAAAUACAUUCAAGAAAACUAUUCGAAAAUUCGCAAUGUGGAACGCGAGCUUGCGAAUCUCACGCUUGAGAUGAAACUUACAGCUGGACCCAAAAAAUCAGCACUUGAACAUUUGAGAAAGAAAAUAGAACAAUCAACUGAGAGAAUUCAUGCGGCCAAGCUAAAAGAAGAACAAGCGCGGAAGGCGUGGGAAUCAGCUGCAAAAGUAGUGAAGGAUGAAGAAACGAUAAAGCAGAAGCUAUGUGAAGAUUUGAGCAAUUUGGUUCAAGAGAGCAGUAGUUCCCAGUUUGCUCGGCUGGCGGAAUUAAAAAGACGAUUGGAAGCUUUGAAUCCAAGUCACACAACAACUAAUCUUAAUCAUGAUGGGAGCUCAGAAAGUUCUUCCCAGGAUAGUAAAACGCAAGAUGGUUCCUCUAUUCCCACCGCAAGGGAAACAAGUGGGGGGUCAGCGGGUACUAUUACCGAUCAAAGUAAUGGUCAGAAAGUUGCAAUGACAGAUAGACCUAAUCAGCAGCCUCCUAAUGAAGGUGAAGGAAGAAAUAAAAAGAAAGUCAACUUCCAAUUAAAAGGAAAGGGAAUUGGUGCUGUGUCCAAGGGUAGAUCUUCAGCUGCUGGCUGGACUGGUGCUGGCUUUGAUGUAGAUGGCAGAAUCUGAGGAUAAUAUUAGAAGAUACUACUGUGCUACAUAUAUUUUGGGUGGGAAGUCCAAACUUUCUGUAUAAGGUAUAUCCUGUUGUCCUCCAUUCGUGUUACUUGUUAACAUGGAAAUGUUGUCUUCCCUCUAUUAGUCAAUUGUAUUAUUUUCCUAACAGUUGGUUGACACAGUGAUUGACCUUCUGACUUAGGUCUGAUAGCACUAAUUUGUGAAAUCCUCUGCUACUACUUUCAGGCACCAUGUCAAUAUUGACUUGGAUUACCUUUUGAUUAUGCAAGUUGUCACAAAUAAAUUUUAGUUUCAGUGUUUUGAGCUAAUGAGUAUUCUGUAAUCUGCCUUUUCUUUUGA